GGUGGGCCGCAGAAAGAAACAAAGCCACAAAUGUGACUAUCAUUUGGAACAAAGCAGCCACUUCACUUACAUCUCAUUCACAUGCCAGACACACCACAUACUACACCACCACCACCACCACCAGCUUUCUUUCAUUUUCCCCUUACUAUUAUACCCCCCACAAGAACUACAAAAACAAACACACCCAAGGCCAAAAAGGUAAAACAAGCACCAACAAAACGAAAUCUCCCUCUUUCCUUCUCCAACCAUACACAGUUCCCACACACAGCAAUCUCUGCAUUCAGCAAUGGCGGCCACCGCUUCGAGAACCCCAUUCUCUUCUUCCUCUUCAUACCCCAACUUCCCAAAACGCAAUGUCAGAUUCACUCUCCCACUCUCUCCAACCUUCAACAAACCCAACCCCACACACCCUCUCGGAAUCUCAUGCUCCCUCUCCAAACCCCCCGCCGCAUCCGCCACCACCUCCACCGCCGCCCCCCCCGCCGAGCCCUUUGUCUCGCGCUUUUCCGCCACCGAGCCCCGCAAGGGCUCCGAUAUCCUCGUGGAGGCGCUGGAGCGGCAGGGCGUCACGACGGUGUUCGCGUACCCCGGCGGCGCGUCGAUGGAGAUCCACCAAGCUCUCACGCGCUCCCACAGCAUCCGGAACGUCCUCCCUCGGCACGAGCAGGGCGGUGCCUUCGCCGCCGAGGGCUACGCGCGCUCCACCGGGCUUCCCGGUGUGUGCAUCGCAACCUCCGGGCCCGGUGCCACCAACCUCGUUAGCGGCCUCGCCGACGCCAUGAUGGACAGCAUCCCACUCGUCGCCAUCACCGGCCAAGUUCCCCGGAGAAUGAUCGGCACCGACGCGUUCCAAGAGACCCCAAUCGUGGAAGUUACCAGAUCCAUCACCAAACAUAACUAUCUCGUUCUGGACGUGGAUGACAUCCCUAAGGUCGUUAGCGAGGCCUUCUUCGUGGCCACUUCUGGACGGCCCGGCCCAGUUCUCAUCGACGUCCCCAAAGACAUCCAACAACAGCUUGCUGUUCCUAACUGGGACCAGCCCAUUAAGCUCACCGGCUAUAUUUCCAGGCUGCCCAAGGUUCCCAGCGAGGCCCAAUUGGAUCAGAUUCUGAGGUUAAUAAUGGAGGCCAAGAAACCGGUUUUGUACGUUGGGGGUGGUUGUUUGAACUCGAGCGUUGAGUUGAGGAGGUUUGUGGAACUCACUGGGAUCCCUGUUGCGAGUACGUUGAUGGGUCUUGGGGUUUACCCUAUUGGAGAUGAACAUUCCCUUCAAAUGUUGGGUAUGCAUGGCACUGUCUUUGCUAACUAUGCUGUUGAUAACAGUGAUUUGUUGCUUGCCUUUGGGGUAAGGUUUGAUGACCGCGUCACUGGGAAACUAGAGGCUUUUGCCAGCAGGGCUAAGAUUGUUCACAUUGAUAUUGAUUCUGCUGAGAUUGGGAAGAAUAAGCUGCCACACGUGUCGGUUUGUGCGGAUUUGAAAAUGGCUUUGGAGGGUAUCAAUAGGAUUUUGGAGAGUAAGGGUGUGAAGGGUAAGCUUGACCUUGAAGCUUGGAGAGAGGAGAUUAGUGUGCAGAAACGAAAGUUUCCAUUGAGUUAUAAGACGUUUGAGGAUGGUGUUAUUUGUCCUCAGUAUGCAAUUGAGGUUCUUGAUGAGUUGACAAAUGGAGAUGCUAUUAUUAGUACUGGUGUUGGACAGCAUCAAAUGUGGGCUGCACAGUUUUACAAGUACAAGAGGCCUAGGCAGUGGUUAACAUCAGGGGGUCUUGGUGCUAUGGGGUUUGGAUUGCCUGCUGCUAUUGGUGCUGCUGUUGCUAACCCUGAUGCAAUUGUGGUUGAUAUUGACGGAGAUGGUAGUUUCAUUAUGAAUGUUCAGGAGUUGGCAACUAUUAGAGUGGAGAAUCUCCCUGUAAAGAUAUUGUUGCUGAAUAAUCAGCAUUUGGGUAUGGUGGUUCAGUGGGAGGAUCGGUUCUAUAAGUCCAAUAGAGCUCACACUUAUCUGGGAGACCCUUCUAGGGAGACAGAGAUAUUCCCAAACAUGCUUAAGUUUGCUGAUGCUUGUGGGAUACCUGCUGAACGUGUGACCCACAAAGGAGACUUAAGAGCAGCAAUACAGAAAAUGUUGGACACCCCCGGCCCUUACCUUCUUGACGUCAUUGUACCCCAUCAGGAGCAUGUCUUGCCAAUGAUUCCAAGUAAUGGAUGUUUCAAGGAUGUCAUAACUGAGGGUGAUGGUAGAACGAGGUACUGAUUGGCUAAGCCAAUUAUAUUUAUUCCUUGGUGCUUUGUUUUUGUACAAUAUAGUAUGAUGUUGUCGUAGUUGCUGCAUUAGACCUGUGGUGAGAAUCUUAGUUUGUAGUAGUUUUGGUAGAACGACUUUGUAGUUUCCUUUUAUUAACUAAUAUUAUCCAGUGGCACCUAUACCUGUUGCUUGUACCUUCGCUUUUUGCAGUAGUGAGACUGAAGAUGAAGUUAAGUAAUGUUUCUGUUCUUAGACAUCUAAAUAGAAUCUAUUAAAGAAGUCAAGAGUUAAUGUAAUGAAGCAUCUUGAAAAUGAGAUGAAGAUAUCAGGUUACAUAUUCAAGCUGUUUCUUUUCCUUUUUGAGCAAUUGAUUAAUGUAUAGCAGCAGGUUCAACAGAAUCUUGAACUCGUGUAGGCAAUCAUUAUAAGCACGUUCGUAUUUUAACUCACCAUUUCCAUUUAAUGGAAAU